AUGAGUAAACAAGGAGACUUCGAAGCCGUCGCUGCAGACAUUAGAAAGGUUCUACAUCAACCCGAGUACGAUGAUGGUAGUGCUGGUCCAGUGUUAGUACGUCUGGCAUGGCACUCGGCGGGCACAUACUGUGCAGAGACCGACACUGGCGGUAGUAAUGGAGCAGGCAUGCGCUACGAGGCAGAAGGCGGCGAUGAAGCAAAUGCUGGCUUGCAGCAUGCCCGCGUUUUCCUGGAACCCAUCAAGGAGAAGCACUCAUGGAUAUCGUAUGCAGACCUGUGGACACUCGCCGCCGUGGUUGCACUGAAAGAGAUGGGAGGUCCUCAGAUCAAAUGGCUCCCUGGCAGAACCGACUAUGUUGACGACAGCAAACUCCCCCCUCGUGGUCGCCUCCCCGAUGGCGCCCAGGGCGCCGACCACAUCCGCUUCAUUUUCUACCGCAUGGGCUUCACAGACCAGGAGAUCGUCGCACUCAGUGGUGCACACAACCUCGGAAGAAUGCACAUGGAUCGCUCUGGCUUCCAUGGUCCCUGGGUUCCGAACGGCACUCGCUUCAACAACACUUACUUCAGAAUCAUGACAGAGUACGAGUGGAAGGAGAAGACGCUCGAAAAUGGCGUCAAGCAGUUUGUCUACAUCGACGAAGACCUGGAUGAAGAGUUGGCCAUGCUGCCGACCGAUCUUGCACUCGUCAAGGAUAAGUCGUUUGCCCCUUGGGUCAAGAAGUAUGCCGAGGAUAAGGAUCUCUUCUUUGAUCACUUCGCAAAGGCCUUUGGCAAGCUUCUGGAACUGGGCAUCCAAAGAGAUGCCGACGGAAAGAUCACGAACACAGACAAUGUCAAGGGUGGCUACCACAGCGCACCAAAGAAGUCUUCAUCGCCCGGUAAGCCCAAGGCUGCUGGAGACGGUAUUGCCGAGCCUCUGCAGGAAGAAAAUGCUCGUUUCAAGGCUAGACUAUAG